AUGAGCUGGCCGAAGCCGGCGGAUGAUGUCGAGGAAGACGAGGAAGACCUCGACAAGCCGCCCCAGUUCCCGUUACCUGGAAGUGCGCAGCGUUCUGCUCCUGCGCCGAGCUCAGAGUCCGCGACGCCACCAGCGCCGGCACUCGAACUUGCCCCUCCGUCGCCUGAGCGCCAGCGAUCAGCGUCGCCGCCAAGCGAUCUGAACAUUGCGAUCCUCCCCGAUCCUAUUCCCCUCGGCAACAUGGCCCCGCCACCAAGUACGACCUCGCGCCCUGCAUUCGGCAUGAAGGCUGGCGGCGGACUUGGUCCACCAGCGUCAGCUGUCACGCAGAACGGCGGACUCGGCGUACCCGCGGCCAAGCCGGCUGUAGUAAAGAAGGAGAAGAAGGGUCGAGGGAAGGUCGCCCUCGGACCGGGAUGCUCGGCGCUCGACUGGGCACGACUGACGCAGAGCGGCGAGAACCUGCGCGGUGUUGAGGGUGGCCUGAUUCGAGUCACGAAGGAGGAGCUCGCGAAGCACAAAACGCAUGACGACGCUUGGAGUGCGUUCAACGGAGCCGUCUACAACAUCACGCCGUACCUCCGCUUCCACCCCGGUGGGGAGGACGAGCUGAUGCGUGUGGCUGGAAGAGACGGGACGAAGUUGUUCACCGAGCCCGAUGCGCUCCUGGCUUUAGGUCAAGUGAAUCAACGCCUGCACGCGAUUAGUCAAGCUCCGAUCCUUUGGGUGCGUCUCUUCUCCGCGGCAGGGUAUACGCUUGACCCCGAAUCUGUGCCGAAACUCGUCGCUGCGAGGAGUCCACCGGGCAGAUGGAAGGGAGGCAAGUGGCUCGCGGGUAAUGGGAAAGAGGAGGGCUGGAGUCUCUGGCCCUCCGCCUGGCUCGGACGGUUGAAGCGGCGCCGUCUCCCUGGAGCGGGUACUCCACCUGUCAAAUCCCAGCCGCCCCAAUCGAGUCCCGAUACCGAGGACCAGAUUCCUGUCCACUGGCCUACACUGUUCCGAUCCCGACAACUGGCCCAGGAGGAGUCAGAAGCUCGCGGUCCGCAUCCACUCUACAAUCCCGCCCGUGACGCCAGCAACCCCUUCCAUCCCUCGCACUUUAGCCGCCCCUCUCGCCCGCCAUCGGGGAACGAGUCUGAGGACGAGUUCGACGACUCGGACGCCAUGGUUGUGUACCCGAAACAACUGUGGCAAUUGCGCGACCACACCGCCAAAAUCUACUCCUGUGCGGUUCGGGGCAGGUGGCUAAUAACGGGCGCGAGGGAUAAGUGCGUGAACAUCUACCGUCUUCCGAAACUGCCCAACGACGGUAGUAAGCCGACUGCAGGGCCCGAACUCGUGCUCAGAGAAAAGGUGCACGGCAGCUCCGUGCUGCACCUCGACUUCAUCCUCGACGUGAACUCGAUCCGAGGCGCGGCGGCUGAGGCGGGGCUCGACUUUCCCUUCAGCGACGGGAAGAACAGAGGUCUGCUCGUGACCAGUGCGACCGAGACGGUGUACACUUGGGACAUCCUUUGGCCGUCGUCCAAUACGCCGACGGUGAACGAGAAUGGAGAACCGAUCAAACCCCCAGCUCCGCGACUCAGGAAGAGGGCGACGCUGCUCGGGUCCGAGGCGCCCGUCUCCGACGUCAAGCUGCACGGACCCUGGGUGUGCGUCAUGUAUGUGAACGGCCUGUGCCGUGUGUAUUCGGCGACAGCGGCCGGCGACGCGAUCCCAUUGAGAACGGUGUUUGGGGGCGAGGGCUGCCACCUCAUGGCGCUGCAUGCUGGCCGGGUCCUGCUCGCCGGAGACGAGAGGACGGUCGAGUUCGACCUGCACUCCGGGCGCGAGAUGGGCCGCUCAAAGCGGAAUACGGCGGGCAGGGUGACGAGCAUGGACUGGGACGGCGAUCACACGGCCCUCGGCACCGCGCACGGCACGCUUGAGCUUUCGCGUCGCCUCGGUCGCCACACACUGGUGCUCAAUGGAAGCGGACAGCUGGUCCGCCGCGUCCUCCUCGAUCCUGGCAGCAACACGCUCGUAUCUGCGGGAUACGAAGGCAGGGUUGCGUUCUGGGACCUCGAAGCUGGCGAGAUGCGCCGUGCGUAUGAUCUGCAGUCUGGGCCUAUCUUUGGUCUGGCCAAGGAUGGGAUGUGGCUUGUCGUAACUACGGCGGACCGAGUCAUCGUCGUCGCUUACGGUACUGGCCUGCCGUAUGCUGGUUUAUUCUGA